UUUAAAUUCAUGGCUUCAUAUAAAAGGGAAUCUUUUUUGUUACAAACUUACAUUCAAUUAUUUCAAGUCAUCCAAGUAAUUCAAGUCAGAAAAGUUAUUAUUCAACUUGAUAUCAUCCCAAGAUUUUCUAAAAAUAUACAUACAUACAUAAUUUUGAAACCAUUCGACAUGGCGGUUAAGAAUUUACCAGUAGUAAAAAUUGUUUUGGUUCUUGCAGCUCUUCUAGCUCUCGUGUCUGCAGGUACGGUGGAACACAAUAAGGAUCAAAAUGAAUUCAAAGUCAUUGCACAACUUGGAGCGAAAGUAUUUUACACGCACGUUUCAGAUAUUAAUGGCACAUGGAUCCGCAACAAUAAUUUCUGCUUCAGGAAUAAUCUGUUUACCCCAACAAUUUCCUCUGAAUUUGAAUUAACCGCGCUCAAUAAUUAUUUUCAACCGCUGUUUGGAACAUUUCCAUUUUGGAGCGGUGCCGUCAACUUCAAUCGAAUGGGAAGCCCAUACUGGCUCCGGAACUAUGGAACCGUCCAACCCGGGAAUUGGCUCACGAUUGGAGAACAAUUCGAUUCUGGGGCAAGUUGUGCCUACAUCACUAACAAAACAAUGGGUUUUGCGCCAUGUGCGGAAACUCCAUUCUUGUAUCUGUGUCAAAAUUAUUGAGUUAAAAUAAAAAAAUAAGGUUCACCAAUUGUAUCAAUGCAGAAAUAAGAUGUAAUGUUACACUUAGAGCCAAUAAAUAAUAUCUUAGAAGCUUUAUUAAGAGGA